ACAGGGAGAGUUGAAUUUCACUGCCUUGUAAUAGGCUCCUGGGAGGUGCUGAGGCAGCAGAAGCAUCAGUACACCAACCAGCUUGCCAAAGAAACUGACAAAUACAUCAAAGAGUUUGGAUCUCUGCCUGCCACCAGUGAACAGCGCCAGAGGAAGAUCCAGAAGGACCGCCUGGUGGGGGAGUUCACCUCUGCGCUGACUAACUUCCAAAGGCUCCAGAGACAAGCUGCUGAGAAAGAAAAAGACUUUGUGGCCAGAGUGAGAGCCAGCUCCAGGGUGUCUGGUGGAGCUCCUGAAGACAGCAGCAAAGAAGGAACAUUUGCCUCCUGGGACAGUCAAGCUCAAGCACAAGUGCAAGAUGAAGAAAUCACAGAAGAUGACCUCCGGCUUAUUGAGGAGCGAGAGUCUUCCAUUCGGCAGCUUGAGGCAGAUAUCAUGGACAUAAAUGAAAUCUUCAAAGAUCUGGGAAUGAUGAUUCAUGAGCAGGGUGAUGUCAUAGACAGCAUAGAAGCCAACGUGGAAAGUGCAGAAGUACAUGUGCAGCAAGCAAACCAGCAGCUCUCGAGAGCAGCAAACUACCAGCAAAAGUCGCGCAAGAAGAUGUGCAUCCUGUUGGCCAUCCUGGGCGUUGGAGUGCUGCUGCUGGUCCUGAUCUUCUCGUUAUAUGCAAGAUAAGUGGCUGCAGGAAGUGGUGGGAUUUGCCAUUCUGUGAUGAAAGGAAACAGUUUGCUGAUUGUGGAGCCAAGUAAAAUAAUGAUUCUGUUCUUCGCACUUUGUCAGACGCUUUUGUUGGCACCUGAGAAGUGCUGCUGUCUGUGUCACUGCCUGCCCUGCUGAGUGCUCUUACCACAGUCAGGUCACAGACUGUUCUGUGAAGAGGUUUUUAUGUGUAAGUGAAGAUUUAGGGGGGUAAUCAAAAUCCUAAUCAUUCAUUUUGACAGGGUGGUUGUUGCCAAAACGAACUUCUGAACUGCUGCUUAAGGCCAUGGAUUUGCAUCGCAGAAUCGAUUUUUAAGUUAGAAAUGUCCUCAUCUCUCCCUGCCAGCCCCCUCCCCUGCCCAGCCAGUACAGGUGACUCAGAAAAUAAAAUGUUGGUUGCUGAAGUGGCUGUGAUCUGUCUUUUGUAAGUGAAGCCUUUGAAUCAAGUCUCCAUGUUGCCUGAGAAUUUUAACCAUGCAAUCACAAUAAAGGUCUUUUAAAGAGUC